AUGGCCGACGACGCCCUUUCCAUCUACGACGAGAUCGAAAUCGAAGAUAUGACCUUCGAUCCUGCCAUCCAAAUCUACCACUACCCGUGUCCCUGUGGCGACCGAUUCGAGAUCGCAAUCGACGACCUGCGCGACGGUGAGGAGAUCGCCGUGUGUCCCAGCUGCAGUCUGAUGAUUCGUGUGAUUUUUGAUCCGUCCGAUCUCGCCCAGGACGAUAAGAACGGGUCGGCUGGCGCAGUGCCGGUGCAGGCUUAA